GACCCGUGGGGGCACAGCCCCUGCUCAUGGUGCCCAGACGUCCCGGCUAUGGCACCAUGGGCAAGCCCAUUAAACUGCUGGCCAACUGCUUCCAAGUUGAAAUCCCAAAGAUUGAUGUCUACCUCUAUGAGGUGGACAUCAAACCAGAUAAGUGUCCUCGGAGGGUGAACAGGGACGUGGUGGACUCUAUGGUGCAGCAUUUUAAAGUGACAAUAUUUGGGGACCGUAGACCAGUUUAUGAUGGGAAAAGAAGCCUCUAUACAGCCAAUCCACUUCCUGUGGCCACUACUGGGGUGGAUUUGGAUGUGACACUACCCGGAGAAGGUGGAAAAGAUCGUCCCUUCAAAGUGUCAAUAAAGUUUGUUUCUCGGGUGAGCUGGCACUUGCUGCAUGAAGUUUUGACAGGAAGAACCUUGCCUGAGCCUCUGGAACUAGACAAACCUAUCAGCACUAACCCUGUUCAUGCUGUCGAUGUGGUGCUACGACACCUCCCCUCCAUGAAGUACACCCCUGUGGGCCGCUCCUUCUUCUCAGCUCCAGAAGGCUAUGACCACCCCCUGGGAGGGGGCAGGGAGGUCUGGUUUGGCUUCCAUCAGUCUGUCCGACCUGCCAUGUGGAAAAUGAUGCUCAACAUCGAUGUUUCUGCCACUGCCUUCUACAAAGCACAACCCGUAAUUCAGUUCAUGUGUGAAGUCCUUGACAUUCAUAAUAUUGAUGAACAACCAAGACCUCUGACUGAUUCUCAUCGGGUAAAAUUCACCAAAGAGAUAAAGGGUCUAAAGGUAGAAGUGACUCACUGUGGGACAAUGAGGAGGAAGUACCGUGUCUGUAACGUAACGAGGCGGCCUGCAAGUCAUCAAACCUUUCCUUUACAGCUAGAAAAUGGCCAGACUGUGGAGAGGACAGUAGCACAGUAUUUCAGAGAGAAAUACAACCUCCAGCUGAAAUACCCUCACCUUCCUUGUCUGCAAGUGGGACAGGAACAAAAACACACCUACCUGCCUUUAGAAGUGUGUAACAUCGUGGCUGGCCAGAGGUGCAUCAAGAAGCUGACAGACAAUCAGACAUCAACCAUGAUAAAAGCAACAGCCAGGUCUGCCCCAGACAGGCAGGAGGAGAUCAGCAGACUGGUGAGAAGUGCAAAUUAUGAUGCAGAUCCAUUUGUCCAAGAGUUCCAGUUCAAAGUGAGGGAUGAGAUGGCCCAUGUGACAGGACGUGUGCUCCCAGCCCCAAUGCUGCAGUAUGGAGGACGGAAUCGAACCGUGGCAACACCAAGCCACGGCGUGUGGGACAUGAGAGGGAAACAGUUCCACACUGGGGUGGAGAUCAAGAUGUGGGCCAUAGCUUGCUUUGCAACACAGAGACAGUGCAGAGAAGAAAUUCUGAAGGGUUUCACAGACCAGCUGCGCAAGAUCUCCAAGGACGCCGGGAUGCCCAUCCAGGGCCAGCCCUGCUUCUGCAAGUACGCCCAGGGUGCAGACAGCGUGGAGCCCAUGUUCCGACACCUCAAGAACACCUAUUCAGGGCUGCAGCUCAUCAUUGUCAUCCUGCCAGGGAAGACACCUGUGUAUGCGGAGGUGAAGCGCGUGGGAGACACGCUGUUGGGAAUGGCCACACAGUGUGUUCAGGUCAAGAACGUCAUUAAAACAUCUCCACAGACCCUCUCAAAUCUGUGCCUGAAGAUUAAUGUUAAACUAGGAGGAAUCAACAACAUCCUUGUACCUCAUCAACGACCUUCUGUGUUCCAGCAGCCAGUGAUCUUUUUGGGAGCUGAUGUCACUCACCCUCCAGCUGGAGAUGGAAAGAAGCCUUCCAUUGCUGCUGUUGUAGGCAGCAUGGAUGCUCAUCCCAGCCGGUACUGUGCCACGGUGAGGGUCCAGAGGCCCCGGCAGGAGAUCAUCCAGGACCUGGCCUCCAUGGUCAGGGAGCUGCUCAUCCAGUUCUACAAAUCAACACGGUUCAAACCCACCAGGAUCAUCUUCUACAGGGACGGGGUCUCUGAGGGACAGUUCCGACAGGUUUUGUAUUAUGAACUGCUGGCCAUUAGAGAAGCCUGCAUCAGUUUGGAGAAGGAUUACCAGCCUGGCAUAACCUACAUUGUGGUGCAGAAAAGACAUCAUACACGGCUGUUCUGUGCUGACAGAACAGAAAGGGUUGGACGAAGUGGCAAUAUUCCAGCUGGGACAACUGUGGAUACAGACAUCACACACCCCUACGAGUUUGAUUUUUACCUCUGUAGCCAUGCUGGAAUACAGGGAACCAGCCGUCCCUCCCACUACCACGUGCUGUGGGAUGACAAUUGUUUCACAGCAGACGAGCUGCAGCUGCUGACGUACCAGCUGUGCCACACGUACGUGCGCUGCACCCGCUCCGUCUCCAUCCCCGCGCCCGCCUACUACGCUCACCUGGUGGCAUUCAGAGCACGCUACCACCUCGUGGACAAGGAACACGACAGUGCUGAAGGGAGCCACGUGUCAGGACAGAGCAACGGGCGAGACCCGCAGGCCCUGGCGAAGGCUGUACAGAUUCACCAAGACACCUUACGCACGAUGUACUUCGCUUAAGUCAAUGACCCGGGAGACACUCACGGAGAGGAGAACUGAGAACUUAAGCCACAUACAAUGUAUGUUUCCAGGGGGUUGGUUUAGGGGCUGUGCCUCCCAUCGUGCUGGAGCUGACGCUGUGCAGGGGCGAGAGGCUCACCCUUAAAUUGACACGAGGAAGAUUGUUUACUUCAUCCAGGAACACAGCACUAUUAUGCAAUAUGAAACCAGCCAACUGCUUUUUUGGGGCGGGCUCCUGUGGGAAGCCACCGCCAUCAUUUUUUUUUAAUUAUUAUUUUCUCGUAGUUUAACCCUCUUCUGCCUUUACCUCAAGUUGCUCGGCAGCACAACUAUUGUUGCAAAAAAAAAAAAAAAGGAUAGUAAUAAUAAACUAAAAUCUAUUGUGUAAUUUAAAACAAAAAAAAAAAAACAAACCAACUUUUAGAAACAAUCACAGUGAUUGUUUGGAGAAGGGAAGUGUGCAAAAAAGAAAAUAAGUUUUUAACCCCAGUGCAUUGAGGAAUCUUCCUCUCAGUAUUGCCAUCGAGCGUUCGAAUGUGAACAUAUCCAAGUGCAUUGGAAUGUGCAGUACUAGCUAGGUAACAGUGAGGGGGGGAAGAUAUUUUGCACACUAAUCCAAUAAUUUGAACCUAAUUUAGCCAACGGCUGCCUUUGUGUCUUUUCUCACAGCUUUGGAGUUCUCAGCUCCAAGAGUUCCCUUUCAAAAGCAAUCCAAGAAGCUCGUGGUUCAUGUGCAGGCAGUAGUGACCCAACUCUUCUUGCUCCCUGGGGGAAUUUACUAAAGCUGCUGUUUUACCUAGUCCAAAAGUUUCAAUUUUUUCCUAUCUGGCAAGUCAAAUCUGUUGAAGCCUCACGUGAGAUCUGAUGUCCCAGGUUUUCUGGGAUGACAUACAAUAACCACCAGAACUGAAACUUUAGAGCUAAGGUCUUUUUGGAAAAAAAAGAAACCUGCUACUUUACUUGCUGCCUCUCACACCUUAAUGUGAUUCAUAUGUAUGUGUGUUUGAAGUUUAGCUUCCUUUUGUUUCUUUUAUAUUUAUUAGAGUAAUAAUAAUGCUUUAAUUUAAUUAUUACAGAACAUAUGGUCAACAUCAACUUUUAUUUUUUAGAAAUGUAAUCAUGUUUAUUUUUAAAAAAAAGAAACUGACAACUUGUUUUGCUAUCUUUUAGUGCAAUAAGCAUUCUAAAGAAAAACUGUGUCCAUUGAGCUGUACUGAAGCAGUGUCCGUACCACGGACCGUGGGAGAAUGGACACCUCCAGGAUUUUAAAAGGACAAAGUAAAAGCCUUAAUUUUGAAAGGAAAGUUUUAUAGUCAGAAGGAAUCUUGAAUUUUCCUUUUUUAAAUCAAAAAAAAAUACAAAAAAUGCUUCUAGACUUCUGCAAGCUUUACUUGUCGCUGCAGUCUUUUGAUUUAACAAAGGAAUUGGCCUUAUUUUUGGCUUUGAAAUGUGGAGCAUAUUUGAAUUAAAUGGAAAGGGUUUUGUAUUAAGAUCUCAGUUUUUACAUGCUUAGUUAAACCUAUUUGACAUCAGUAAAAUGUCUGGAAUUA